AUGGUUUUAUCGUCGCAGCAAGCCACCAAACACAAACGGAAUCUGAAUUCGGGGCGGGGAGACGGAGGACGAAGCGGGCUUGCUGAGGGCACUGGCAGCGAAAAGGGCACAGAACGCAGCUCAAAAGAGGGUGAAAGGGCGCUUUUACGAGGACGAAGAGAAGAGGACCUGUCUGGUGGCGGCGUCGAGGUGGUUCUGGGGGAUUUUUAUGUCUUCUGCCCCGCGGCCAAUGCACCUGCAAGAGCCCCAGCGGCGCUGCUCCUUGCGGUACCCGUACUUUCUCACCCACAGAUUUGCGGCAUCGCGGCGGCCGGAGAUGCUGCUCUUGCGCCACUGAUCCCGCCUGGACGACAGUGGCUGGCCGUUUGUGACGAGGGGCCCGUCUGGAGGGCUGCCGCUCAGGCACUUCUCAAGCACUGUGAGCAGGACGCUGGGAGCAAGUGCCGCUUUUUUUGGCUUGGGGAAGUUGGUGCAGAUUGA